AUGGCCCGAUCGACUCUCCUCCGAUUGUCCGGUGCCUGCCUCGCAGCGCUUGCUCUGCUCUCGCCCUCGACGGCGUUCGCUGCGGCGACACCUCCGAAUGCGCCCAAGCCGUACUGCCCCAUCUUCUACUCCGAAUCCCAGCCUCCGACCGAUUGCGAAGCUAGACAACCAACCAACUUCCUGCAGACACCCCGGCCUGCGAAGAAGACAUCCCUUGAUACAUCCACGACCAACAAUGAGCCUCUCGAGGCUGCAUUCGAGGCCAUGACGGUCAUGCAACAUGACUUUUUUGUUGCAGACCAAGGAACCUGGCCCGCAGCCAUCGAUUGGACUGCUGCUGUUAUGGAGACAAUGCUGUCAGGUGCUCUGACUUCCUUGUCGCAAGCAUUGGCAGUCCUCGAUAUCGGAGGAAAUUCCGACAAGGGCGCAAAGCGCAACCUGAUAGACACAUUCUUCACCCAGCUCGUGGCCUCUUACUUUGGCCAAGAUGCCGUUGCGAUUCGCAACCAGGCUUUCGACGACAUUCUCUGGGUCGUUCUCGGCUGGGUUGAUGCCGUCAAAUUCAUCGACAUCCACUCCGGACUAUUCUACUCGCGACAGGGCCUUAACGAGAGUGCGACCCCCGGACUUGGAGAUGCAUUGGCAAAUGGCCCCUGGCAUGGCCAGUACUGGAUCCCUACUUUCGCACACAGAGCUAGAAUCUUUUGGGACCUCGGAUCCAAAGGUUGGGACACCCGCCUUUGUGGCGGUGGCAUGAACUGGAACCCCAGACUGGAGCCCUACAAGAACGCAAUCACUAAUGAGCUGUGGAUUGCCGCAUCUAUCUCUAUGUACCUGUGGUUCCCGGGAGACAAUAACACGACUCCCUGGAUCAACGGCGCGAGCGGGGUGAAGGCUACCAGAGAGCCCAAGUACCUUGCCGCUGCCAUUGAAGGUUACAAGUGGCUCACUGGUGUCAACAUGACCAAUGAAGCAGGUCUCUACGUUGACGGCUAUCACGUGGACAGGUCGAAGCCAGGCAAUACCGUGUGCGAUUCGCGGAGUGAGGCAGUCUUUACUUACAAUCAAGGCGUGCUUCUGACUGGUCAGCGCGGACUCUGGGCCGCCACUGGUAGCGCAUCUUACCUCGAAGAUGGGCACAGGUUGAUCCAGGCAGUUAUCAAGGCUUCGGGCUGGGACUUGGCGGCCGACAGGCCGGUCGAUGAUCUUUCAGACCUUCCACCAGGAUACUUGCCUCCCUGGCGCGGCCUGGGCAGAGGUGGUAUCAUGGAAGACCGGUGCGAUGCCAGCGCGACAUGCUCACAGGAUGGUCAGACGUUUAAGGGCAUCUUUUUCCACCACUUCGUUACAUUCUGCCAACACCUAGACCCAGCCGACGUUCAACCUGGCAUGACUGUAAAUGCACAAGCCUAUGACCAGAUCAAGGCGGCUCACGGGUCCGCAUGCCAGGCGUAUCUGAAAUGGGUAGAGCACAAUGCAAAGUCAGCCUUGUUGAGUAGGGACGGCGAGGGACGUUUUGGCAUGUGGUGGGCUGCAGGCAUUUUCAAGGGCGUCAUGCCUACGGUGGAGACGGACGGCAUUCCCGAUAACGAGCCGAACGUGACGGAUUACCGUAACUACGGACUUCCGCACGACGGCGUCUGGGCCAACGGCAAUCCAGAUAAGGUGUGGGCACCCAACGGCGAAGCCCAAAAGAACCAGACGAGGAGCUAUGUGCUGGUUGGUGGUCAGGAACGAACUGGUCAGAAGGUGCUGGGUCGCUUAAGCGAACAGGGACCACGAGAUGAUCACGGAGACGGAACCGAACGGCGAGGACCCGCUGCGGCGGCGGGCACGAGCGGCGAUCCGAACGACCGCGGGAGGGGAAGGACCCCCGAGACGCAAAACGGCGGCAUGGCCCUAAUGCGGGCCUGGUGGGAGCUCGCCGCGGCCUCGAACGGCACGCUUGCCGCGAAGCAGCAGCCACGAAGAUGA